UUCUGCGCUACGUUAGUACCUGUAAUGUGCACUACUCCUUGCCGCACUCGACGUAGCUAGCCAGUCCAUCUUCAUCUUAAACAACAAUCACAUCAAUGACAACAACAUCGAGAACUUUAACGACAACCAUACUCAACAGCUAUAAAUACCACGACCUUGGCUUCAAUAUCGCAUCCGUAUCCAUAUCAAUUCCGAUAAAUCAAUCUGCUGCGCUGUUUCUGGCAAAGUAACACAAAACCAUGGCUGUGGGACUUGCCAACGGUCGCCAUGCCGCUGACGAAGAAGCCCGCGCCGAAGUCGACGUGCUUAACUCUCGAUUGGAAAAGACAAAUCAAUUAACAAAGAAGAUACAAGCAUGCCUAGGACGAUUAGAGGCUACUGGGAAGAGUGUGCAAGACGUGUCAGGUCCUCUUACUGGCGAAACGAAGAGGCUUCAGACCUUGGGGAAUAAUAUCGAAGCAGUUAUCGCAGCCAUCGAGCGCCUCCGCCAACCUGCCGAUUCGAAGAGCGAUGAAGAGGCAAUCAUUCGCCAAGGCCCUGAAAAGGCUGGCCUGUCCAAUUAUUUGAAUUCUAUUAAACGUUUAAAUAUGGCAUUGACAGACAUGAAAACUUCAAACUUACGCGCCAACCAGCAGACCAUGACCGACCUUCAGCGAUUGAUCAAGUCCGGAAAUACUCAGCUCGAGAAUUCGUUCGACAAGAUGCUAAGAGCAGAAACACCGCGCUCUAUUGAACCCCUUCACUAUACCACCAAGAACACGCCGUUCCCCGUAUUAAGCCAAGAUAAGAUCUCGUACCUGAGUCUAAUGAAUUCUUACGUAUCCAGUAAUUCAACUCUGUCCGAGAAUCCGCUCAUUAAAAUCUUUGCCGAUGUGAGAGGGCAGUAUCUUUCCCAGACUCUGGUGAAUCUUGCAUAUGCGAGCGUGAACACAGCGAAGAAGAAGAGUCCCGAUGCAAUCUAUCGGGCCGGUACUAACGGCAUUGGCAUGUACGCGCAAGCGAUGGAGGGUCUGUUCAUUGCCGAAUACGAAAACAUCUGCAACAUCUUUAUGCGACAGGAUUGGGGGCCGGCCUUUCAAUUGACCUGUCAAGCCCCGCUGGCUGAAUUGGCUCGAACAAUCCGAGAGUUAAACAAUCACAUCAAGGCUCACCUGAGCACAGACUGUUUCCUCGCAUAUGAAGUGACAGAAAUCAUGUCCAAUCUCUCCAACAAUAUUGAACAACGCACGGGAGAGCUCAAGUCUACCCUAGCCGCUGCGCUCAAGCCGGUCCGCGAGACGGGCAAGAUCUCACUUGCCGAACUACUUGAAGACACGAAGCGCAAAGUGGGGGCAAUGCAGGCGCUCCCUUCGGAUGGCUCGCCUGUUCCCAUUGUCUCAGAGACAAUGCAACGCUUGCAAACCAUGGUCGAGUUCCUUCGGCCAAUAUCUAGCAUGAUGAUAUCCAUAGGCGAUGGAGGUUGGAGGUCGGGCGCAACGACGACUACGAGUGUAGACGGGAUUCCGAGUCUGGCUUCGUUCGACAUCGGUGCGGAUGGUAAGGAGAUAUUUGCGCAUUACUGCAGCGAUACUAUAGACACGUUGAUGUCGGCUCUUGAACAGAAAGCGAGGGUACUUCUCAAAGGCAAGUCUGUGUGGGGGGUGUUCCUUGCCAACAGCAUCACCAUAAUCGAACGUAUGAUUCGAGAGUCCGAGCUUAGGCCGCUCAUGGAAGGCAAGCUUGGUGCCUCGGAGGUCUGGCGCAAAAAGGCAAAGGUCUUCUAUACAGAGGCUUGUAAAGAUGUAUCAAUGCAUCUAUUUGACGUGAUCCAUACGAACCGAACUCAGCGACCGCCCUCUGGUUCAUCCGAGUCUGCAUCGAUUCUGAAAGGGCUAAGUAGCAAGGAUAAGGACAGUAUCAAGGCCAAGUUCCAAGUUUUCAACACGUCCUUCGACGAUCUAGUGGCGAAGCACAAGAUGUAUAGCAUGGAGCGAGAAGUGAGGCAGAUGUUCGCCAAGGACAUGCAACAGAUGCUUGAGCCUCUUUACAAUCGUUUCUGGGAUCGUUAUCACGAGAUCGACAAGGGCAAGGGCAAGUACGUCAAGUACGACAAAUCUUCAAUCUCGGCCGUCUUCCUUAGCCUCUACUGAUGCAAUGCCGAGACAUCUCCCGAUCGUUGGAAAGCUUCGACGGCUAAGUGAACCAUUCGAGGAGCUUUGCGGAAUGUGCUAGACAAAUACUGCAUCAGUCUCACGCGCAGCGAUCAUCAGACGAUUUUCCCCUUCGCGUAUGCUACAGUAUAGCAGGAUCCGGGUUGUCAGUUAAAUCUUUUAAUUAUUCCCGGGCAGACUCCAGAGGUGCUAUAGCUAAAGGUUGAAAGUGAAG